AUGGCUAAUAUCUCUUUCCCAUUUUGGUUUGUAGGUGUGCCAGCUGCGGGAGAUUUUACGGCCGAAGCUAUCAACUCUACGUCCAUCCGUGUGAUUUGGCGGAAACCUUCCAAGGAAUAUAAAGACGAGUACCUUCUUACCAUCUACGAUCACGGUUCUACAACGAACUAUACGCUUCGGGAGACAGAUACCAUCAUUAGCGAUCUGGAUGUGUUUAGUAUUUACAACCUCACUCUGCGAGCCUUUUGGGCCGAUGGCACACCGGUUUCUGCUGUCGCGGCGACUACCAUAGACAAUCUAUUUCCGGAUGAACUGCUUGUAAGAGAUUUUACUGCCUGGGCUAUGAGCUCUACCACCAUUCGUGUGAGGUGGCAGAAACCAAUUCGAUCCGCGGAAUUUCGUACCCAAUAUAUACUCGUCGUCUCAAAUGCGACCCAUGAGGAGAGGUUUGACGUGGAGGAGACCGAGAAAACCUUCACCGGCCUGAAUCCUUCCACUAUUUACAGCUUCACUGUGCAAGCCAUUUGGAAAAAUGGCAAAAGCGUUCGUUGGCAUGCCUUCGCGUCCGCAAAAACCCUCCCUGCCGGUUUUCAAUUCAAGUACUUCCUUCCCGUUGUAGGUCAACAGAGGAGCUAUGAGCUGGAGAACACAGAGGAAACCGUAAACAGCCUGGCGCCUGCCACCAUUUACAAUUUCACGGUGCAGGCCAUUUGGAAAAGUGGCCUACCCGUUCGCACUGCCGCCUUCGCGUCCACACGAACCCUCCCUGCCGGCUUGUAA